AUGUCCACUUUACCAAAAACCGGGAAUACAAAGAAAGUCGAAUUAUAUACACCAGAAUACUAUGCUCUUUGUACAUUAGGGGGGCUGCUAGCCUGUGGUCCUACACAUUCGUUAGUUUGUCCAUUAGAUGUAGUUAAAUGUCGUUUGCAAGUCGAUAGGUCAUUAUACAAGGGCAAUUUCGAUGGCUUCAAGAAGAUUUUUACCCAAGAGGGGUUAAAGGGUCUAUAUACUGGUGUUAAACCAACUGCAAUUGGUUACUCAUUUCAAGGUGCUACUAAAUAUGGUGGAUAUGAAUUUUUCAAACAUUCUUAUGCCAAAUUAGUAGGUGAGGAUUUGGCCUUCAAGUAUAGAACUUCAUUAUAUUUGGCUGCUUCUGCCUCUGCUGAAUUUUUGGCCGAUAUCUUAUUGUGUCCAUUUGAAGCUGUUAAAGUUAAGCAACAAACUACAUUAACCACGCAUCAUAAAAGUAUGGGUGCUGUCUGGAAGGAGAUGAGCGGUUCAUUAUAUAGGGGUAUUGCUCCGUUAUGGACUAGACAAAUUCCCUACACCAUGUGUAAGUUUACUUCUUUUGAAAGAAUCGUUGAGGCUAUAUAUGAUAAAAUUCCUACUCCAAAAUCUGAAAUGAGUAGUUUGCAACAAACUGGUGUUUCAUUUGUCGGUGGUUAUUUGGCUGGUAUUUUAUGUGCCAUUGUUUCCCACCCUGCUGAUGUUAUGGUUUCUAAAAUUAAUGCCGAAAAAUUGCCAAAUGAAACCACCGGUCAAGCUUUAGGCAGAAUUUAUGGUAAAAUUGGAUUUGUUGGGUUAUGGAAUGGGUUAUUUAUGAGAAUUUUCAUGAUUGGUACUUUAACUUCUUUACAAUGGUUGAUUUAUGAUAGUUUUAAAGUUUAUGUUGGGUUACCAACUACUGGUGGAUCAAGUGAAGAACAAAAAGAAGAGUAG